AACCAAACCAUCCCGGCGGCGUUUGAAACUCAGAAGUUUUUAGUCAAAGGGUCAUGGUGAAAGUUAUCUACUACCACCAACAAGUACCUCCUGUGCCAAAAGUCCUUAUAAAGCAUUGUCUUUCUUUUUUUUUAAAAAAAACCAAAAAAUUACCAAAUUUAAAAAGGGAUUUCUCCUCUUACGGAGCCUUGUCUUUUUACAGAUCAGGACUGCAGGAACAAGCUUUAAAUAAACUCAUAAAGGCUUUAGUCAACAGCGGAUACUUAUUGCUCUUUGGUAAUGGUUAACAGUACAGCUUAGACCAAGGCUUUUUCGAGUGUCAAUGAAGCCGGUUACUGCUUUUGGCAGGUCUGAAUCCCAUAACGACUCACAACAAGCUUCAAGUGAACAACAAGGAUGGAGCGUGGCUUCAUUAACGAAUGGAAAUUUCUUUGAACGUUCGCGUCAUCCUGUGUCUUUUGAGCUUGAUUUGUCGGGGAAUUUUCAGUACGUUAGUGAGAACUCGUCUGAUUUACUCAACGCUCCUCAGGACCAAGUUGUUGGUCAUUCCGUGAAGGAUUUUUUAGGUAAAACUGGAUUAGAUGCGUUUGCUAAAGCUGCAAGAUGUUUAUUAGAAAAUGAUUCCCAUAGUUACCAUAUUCGACUGAAGCAUCCGUCGAAGAACUCUCUUAUACAACAUUCUCAUGCCCCUAACCACACCUCUCCUCUCACCUACGAAGGUAACGAUACUCCUCUUGAGCAAUUUGAUGCUGUCGGUAUUCUAAUUCGAGAUUGCCACUCAAAUACGCCUGAUCACACAAUGUGGGUUGCUCAUCCAGUCAAUAAUACAACAAUUGAUUCCAAAUCUUUUGCAAACAAGAUUUUAGAAGUCAUUGGUCUCAGUUCUGGUCUUCUCGACCAAUAUUUAUCUUCUUUGCGCGAGUCUUUCUUUAAAACUGGUAAUUUACAGUCUUUACCUCACCCUCGACCAGAGUUCUGCCAAAUAUGUGAAAGAAAUAUUCAAUCGUGGUUCUUUGAAGUUCAUUCUAAGCUUUGCUUAAUCACCAGCACUUUUGAAUCUAUUGUUCAAUCAGCUCAAGACUCGCUACUCUAUUUUCGAUCGACUUUGCUGCAGAUUCAAGAUCAGUUGUCUGAGAAACCCUAUUUAAUCCCGUUAUAUAAAGAUGAAGCGUUAAUUCUAUAUCCCAACUACGACGUGUCAUCUUUAUCAAUUCCAAAUGACGUGAAAAAAGAGUCUUCCACCUCCCUCUUGUCUACCUUUUUAAAUCAAAUUACAUACUAUUUGGAUCUGGUCAUUGACAUAAGCAUACCUCCCGUUAAAGUCAUUGUAAACUUCGAUGAUGUAGAUUCUCUUCGAUUUCAAUCCCCUAGUUCGGAGGUAUCGACAAACGAAUUACAGAAUUUCUCACCGUCUCUUCAAAAUUGCUCACGGGCAGUCGUUAACCUUUGGAGAGAUUUGAGAAAUGCGUUUGAUACCAAAGUCUUUGGAAUAACCCGAUUGAAGAACGCUGUUUAUUAUUCUGAGCGCAUUCGACUAGAAGUUGAUUAUCACGUACAAGAAGUGAUCGAUAACGUGGUUUCUGAACUAUCGUCUCUUCAAAACUUGAACUACGUAGAGGGCUUAACCUUAGAUGCUCCUUUAAUAAGUCUUCCACAAACAAUCAAAAAUCCCGACAAAGAAAUAAAUUCACAGUUUAAACAGGACAACGACUUUAUACCUGAUUCAGAUUCAAAUUCUGAUCUCUCUAGAUCUUCCUCAUGUUCACUGCUUACACAGAGCCAUCCAUAUUGCUUUAGCAAUGAUUCUGAAUGUGGUUCUACUCCAUUGAACGAAUUUCCAGGUAUGCAGUUAGCUUUGCAGCGCCUUAAAGUAACGGAUCCAUGCUGUUCCGAUUAUAAGUCAGAAGAUUCAAAAUUUUUAUCACCAGCUUCUAGUCCUCGCUUUUUAGCUUCUGAUGCUUCAGCACACGCCGCUUCGUUGAAUGCUCGCUCGUCACUGAAUUCACGUGGAAGAUCAAAGAAUUUAUCGGAAAAGGACUUACGACUUCCGUCUCCAUCUCCUCGUGUACAUACAAUUUUGCCUUCAGCAGCUCAGGGUAAUCCUUCAAUCAAUGAUUAUAAGAUCUUGAAACCAAUUAGCAAAGGCGCUUUUGGUUCUGUUUACCUGGCACAGAAAAGGACCACAGGAGAUUACUUUGCUGUCAAAAUUCUUAAGAAGUCGGAUAUGAUUGCUAAAAAUCAAGUAGUAAACGUACGGUCUGAGCGUGCGAUUUUGAUGGCUCAAGGAGAGAUUCCGUUUGUAGCUAAAUUAUACUACACCUUCCAGUCUAGAGAUUAUCUUUAUUUGGUCAUGGAAUACUUAAAUGGAGGGGAUUGCGGAUCACUUUUGAAAACAAUGGGGAUCCUUGAACUUGAUUGGAUUCACAAGUACUUAGCGGAGAUAGUGUUAUGUUUGGGCGCUCUACAUAGCAGAGAAAUCGUUCAUCGUGAUAUCAAGCCCGACAAUUUGUUGAUCGCUCAGUCGGGUCACCUUAAGCUGACUGAUUUUGGAUUAAGCAGAGUAGGUUAUUUAAAGAGGAAAAACAGGAAUGAUAGUGAGUCGAGUUUCGCACCAAACUUAGGGGACUGCCCGGGCUCCUUGUCAGAUCUUUCCUUAAGUACCACCUCAUCUUAUAUGGAUGUAAAUUCUGCAGCUGCUGAAGAUCCUCCUGAAAGGCCUACAUUAAAUGAAAGAUUACUAUCAUUGGAUGGAACGAGUAUUAGACUUGCUUCACAAAGUUUCAGUCUUGAGAAUGGACCGGAAGAUUUGCUUUUGGCUGGUAGAAAGUCUCAUAAUACCAAUAACAAUGAUAAAACUCGAGCCCAAGUUACUGAUUCACCAAAGAUCCAGCCCUUUCUUGAGAAUCGCGAUUCUUUUAAAAGAUUUAUCGGAACUCCAGAUUACAUUGCUCCUGAAGUUAUUUUAGGCAAUCCGGGAAUAAAGGCAAGUGAUUGGUGGUCUGUUGGUUGCGUUUUGUUUGAGUUUCUGUUUGGGUAUCCACCCUUUAACGCCGAGACCCCGACUGAGAUUUUCAAAAAUAUUCUUGCUCGAAAAAUUGCAUGGCCCGAGAAUACAGACUUUCGUGAGUUAGGAAAUGCUGUAGAUUUGAUUAAUCGGUUAUUGUGUAUGGAACCAUCAGAAAGGUUAGGAGCUAAAGGCGUGGAUGAAGUUAAAUCGCAUCCCUUUUUCAGUGGAGUUAACUGGGACGAUGUAGUAAAUGAAGAACCUCCGUUUGUUCCUAAGCCUUUUGCUCCUGAUGAUACAAUAUAUUUUGAUCCUAGGGGAUUGGAUGAGUUUGAUUAUGAUAAUCACAACACACAAUAUACUCAACGUAUUCCUCCGAAAGAAACUGAGCCUGAAAUUGUCGCUUCUUCAGUUCCCCAGCACCUUAAACCAGGAACAAGAAAGAAUCGGAUCAGAAGCAAUACCAUAGAUUCACCGCCGGAAUUUGGAAGUUUCAGUUAUCGCAAUUUAGAGAUUCUAGACAAAGCGAAUCGACACACCAUACAAAAGCUGAGGAAAGAACAUGAGAGUCAGACGUUAAAAGACCAAAUCGAAGAUAAUAACGAUUACUUGGUAAAUUUGAACAAUAGACGCACUCCAGAUUCUUUUCUGAGUACCCGUACCUCUCGGCGCGCAUCUGUUGCUGGUAUGGAGACACCCGUGGGAACUCUCUCAAAUAGCGAGUUUUCUCUAGAUACAGACUUUACAGAAAGCGCCAGUGAGUUAGAUCAUAAGAAAAUGGUUGCUUAGUAUGCUGGUCUUCAGUUUGGUGAACAAGAAGACCGGUAGAUAUCAUCCAGGACCACUUCAAUGAGUGGUAAACAUUCUUUUAGACUUGCGAUCUUUUUAUUUACAAAAAAACUAUAUAUUGACUUCAUCCUAGACAGCAUUAAAGUCAACGAUAUAAGACAUCCUAGUUUUAUUAUACUUCGGGAUUGAUGCGAAUCUUCCAUUGUAUCUCCCUCCCGUCGAUUAUUUAUCAGUGGACUACACAUAUUCGGUAGCCAUGUCGUCGAACAUUUUCGCCAACGCUAUAAAGGAAACCAUCGUUGGUGGUAUUGGGUAAUUUCUGGUAAUUGCUGAUACUGAAUUUCCUUUAUUUUUUUCGUGGUUGUCCAUGUUUAUAGUAUUUAUUAUUAUUAUUCAUGCUGAAUGCUGAGAUGUCUUAGUAUUUUCAGUAUUUUUUUUUUUUUUAAGUUUUCUUUCUAUUAGAUAUCAUAUAGCCAUCUUUUCUGUUUGCUUGUUCGUUAAAAUCAUAUCUUUCUUUUUAUGCAUUCCUUUUUGUUUUUCUGUUGUUUCUGCUUUUUCAUAGCAAAAUUUUAUCAUUUAUAAUU